UGUAAUUCUCAAAUCAAGAUUGGAAUUAAAAGGUUGGGAGAGGUUGAUCCUGAACCUUUUAAAGAUUUAUGCGAAGUUCUGUGGAGAUUAGGAGCUGAAAUCCACUGAAUUAUGCUGGCAAUGGCAGAACCUUGUUAUAAAGUCAGAGUGGUAUCCUUUCAAGAAGCAGCUAAUAAUAGAUGGGAAGAGUAUCAGGAAAUUAUCAACUGUGAAGACAUUAUGUUGAAGGAGUGGGGUGAUGAGGUUUGCAAGGCUGUAUCUAAUGUAUUGCUGGAAUUAAACGAGUACAAUGGAAGUGGGAGAUACAGUUCUCGAGCUUUGGAACUUCAAAGUGGGAAUAAAAGCCAGCCUGAAAGAUGCAGUUGAGUGCAUCAUCCAAGAAUUGAAGACCCAAAAAUCUCAUAAACGUAGAAGAUGACAAAGCCAUCUAUGCUUGGCCUUUAAUCUUUCACCAUUACUAUUUCUGAAAUCAACCCAAUAUUCCAAGUUGUAAUUAUGUAAAAAUGAAUUAAUCAAAGCCAAUC